CAUUGCCGAGUCUCCCUAAAAAAUCAUUCUCCAUACAUAUUUCCUAAAUUUCAUUUUCGCUGCUUCAAACGGAUAAUAUAAAAGACAAAGAACACUUUAGAGAUUAGGCAAACAAAACAAAAAAAGGAAAUUCAUAUCUUUAGCUGAAGUACGGUUUUUGUUUGCAACACUGUACGCAGUUCUAUUUAUAGUAGGAUUUUUGAAUUCGAAACAUUUUUACCAUAAACCUAUAAUUUUUUAGAAUUUUGUAAAAGUUCACAUUCCUUCAAAUUAAAAAUGUCAGUGUCAUUAAAGAAUUACUAGAACUCGCAGGCCUAAUUUUAUCUCCGUGUUUUUUCAUUUUUGUUUAUUGUUGGAAAUGGGAAUAAAGUACACCGCGGAAGGAUCCAGGCUGGAGAAUUUUUCUAAGCCUGUAAAGUAUACCAACCCGAAGAUCUUGACUGGCAACUGGUUUGAAGAAAAGUGUGCUUACAAGAAAAAUAGAUACAGACAUUCCUCAGAGUAUCAGAAUGAAUUCAAACCGAAACCACUGACUACAUAUCCAAAAUCCAUCAUUUGGGACGCGAAAUUCAGCUCAGACUUUGCAAUUUGUCCAGAAAAAAGUAGCGACGAAGAACCAAGUUUUUUCAAUAACUUUUCCACCACAUACGAUUUGUCUUACAAUCAUUUACCACAGUUUUACAAGAGGUUAAUGAAAGCCAUACCCAGUGAAAAUGCUCCUAGUAAAGAGAUGGAACUCACUGAAAGCUAUGGGAAUAUAACUGGUUAUGGAUUAAUGAUAGAGAAAAAAUCUGAAUGGCAUCUGGAUGCGCCAGAUCCAAGGAUGACGAACGUGACUUCGCAUAAGUGCGAUUUCGCUGCGCCAGAUGAUAACUCCUACAAAUUCACUCGGUGGACACUACCAACACCUGUCAGAGGAAAGUACGGGCAGUAUUUCAGGCCUUUUCCUAUCGAUCAUCCCAGAACAGACAAGUAUGAUCCCAUCAAAACAGCAUGCGUCAAACAGUGCGAUGAAAAAUGUGCAUGUAUGGAAGUAAAGUUUUCUCAAUAAUA